CCCUUUCCGGGCAUCGGGGAGGUGGGGCUAAGGUGGGAUCAUGAGGCUGUCGCUGGCUGCCGCCAUCUCCCACGGCCGCGUCUACCGCCGCCUGGGCCUUGGUCCUGAGUCCCGCAUCCACCUGCUGCGGAACUUGCUUACAGGCCUAGUUCGCCACGAACGCAUCGAGGCGACAUGGGCACGCGUGGACGAGAUGAGGGGCUACGCGGAGAAGCUCAUCGAUUAUGGAAAGCUGGGAGACACAACGAACGAGCCAUGCGUAUGGCUGACUUCUGGUCACUGUGAGUGCUCCCUGCUGCUAGUGAAGAAAGAAUCCUUAGACAAACCGGUAUCUGGCAGAUUUAAGCCGGGGCAUUCGCUUACGUACCAGAGAGAAGGACUUGAUCCCGAAGCUAUUAAAGUGCUAGCGCCUCGGUCCAAGGUCAGAACGGGAACUACACAAGAAUGCUACAGAUCCCGAAUCGGAAGGAGCAAGAUCGGGCCAAGAUGGCAGUGA